AUGGCAAUUCCUAAAAGUAUUUUGCUCAUUAUUGGUGUUAUGGCUGCUUUAUUUUCUAUAGCUUUGGCUACUCCAGGGACUGCCACAUUUUAUACGAACUAUGUUCCUUCAGCAUGUUAUGGAAACACACCCCAAGGUACCAUUAUAGCAGCAGCAAGUGAUCCUCUUUGGAAUAAUGGUGCAAUAUGUGGCAAAACAUUCAAUGUCACAUGCACUGGUCCAACAAAUCCAGUGCCACACCCUUGCACUGGCAAGAGUAUUGUGGUAAAGAUUGUUGAUCAUUGCCCUGGAUGUGGUGGGACCCUAGAUCUAUCUAAAGAAGCCUUCUCAACCAUUGCUAAUCCUGUUGCUGGCGUUAUUAAGAUCGACUAUGUCCAGACAUCAUGAGAGCAUCAAAGGCGCAUGGUAUUCCAAUUUAUUCUAUAUAUAGCAUGUUUAAAAUAUAUUCCAUAGUGAAGUUGAUUUGAUCAAUAAUUCACAGUUGAAUGUAUGUAUUUGAUCAAUUCUAAGAAUAAAAGUUCAUCUUUUCCUUU